AUGUCCACACGAAAAAAAAAUAUAUUGAAAGUUAUCAUAUUAGGCGAUUCAGGUGUAGGGAAGACUUCUUUAAUGCAUCGUUAUGUGAACAAUAAAUAUUCACAACAAUAUAAAGCCACAAUUGGCGCAGAUUUUUUGACGAAGGAGGUCGAUGUAGAUGACAAAGUGGCAACCAUGCAGGUUUGGGAUACUGCAGGACAAGAAAGAUUUCAAUCUUUGGGUGUUGCAUUCUAUAGGGGGGCGGACUGCUGUGUGUUAGUGUAUGAUGUUACUAACACCAAAUCAUUUGAAAACAUUAAGACUUGGAGAGAUGAAUUCUUAGUACAUGCUAACGUAUCAUCACCUGAAACUUUUCCGUUUGUUAUUUUGGGUAAUAAAAUAGAUUGUGAAGAGAAUAAGAAAGUUGUUAAUACAAAGAGUGCUCAGGAAUUGGCUCAAUCGUUAGGUAAUGUCCCUUUGUUUUUCACUAGUGCCAAAGAUGCAAUUAAUGUAGAUAAUGCUUUUGAAGAGAUUGCCCGAAAUGCUUUACAACAAAAUCAAAAUGAUGCAGAUGCUUUUGAAGAUGAUUUUAAUGAUGCUAUUAAUAUUCAAUUAGAUGGUGAGCCUAACUCUUGCAGUUGUUGA